UUCAAGAGGUAUGCAGGCAACUCACAAGAGUGCUUCCCUUACCACUUUCUAGAUACCUGUUUUUACAAAGCAAUCUUUGCGUGUGUGAAACUGAAGCUGCAUCCAACAUGAAGACCUGUCAAUCCAGUCCCUUGGAUUCAGGGGUGGAAUCAGAGGUGCAGUGCCGAAGCGGAGCGGGCUGUGCUGUGAAGUGCAGUUCGGAGCGGAUGGAGAACGCUGCCAAGAGGAGACUGGCGGCCAACGCGCGGGAGAGACGGCGGAUGCAGGGACUGAACACGGCCUUCGAUCGCCUCAGGAAAGUGGUCCCGCAGUGGGGCCAGGAUAAGAAGCUGUCCAAGUAUGAGACCCUGCAGAUGGCCCUGAGUUACAUCAUGGCUCUCACCAGAAUCCUUGCUGAGGCAGAAAGGUACAGUACUGAGCGGGACUGGAUUAGCUUGCACUGCGAGCACUUCCAUCCGGAGAGCUACAACCAUUACACGGGCCACAAACUGGGCACGGACAGCGAGCCCUACGCACAGCGAGUAUUCAGCUACCACCCUGAACACUUCCAGACAGCUAAUUAGAACUUGUGAGCUAAGGGUAUGCAGCAGGCCAGAUGUGUAAUUUAAUAAUUAGCAAGAGUUAAUCUGCUUGAUGAAGGUAAUAUUGCCAUUAUAAUAGCUCAUUCUCAUUUGCUUCUUAUACUAAUUUGACGAGUUUGCUUUGAGAACUUCAAAAUGCGUUUAAGAAAAUUGAAUUUAUUUAAUGCUGAUGGAAAGUGUACUUUUAAUUUGAAAUCUUUCUUACGACUGUUUCCUUGUUCAUCUACGUCAUUUGACUCUUUCAUUAAAUAAGUUUUUGGAGGAUUUUUUUACUGUGAUGAAUCAUGACAGUAUUUCUACAAAUCAUGGAACAAGUUGACCAAUGGUGUGAGUGGAAUAACACCAGAAAUUAACUUCAUUCCAUGUUUUUAUUUUUAUGUCAGCUUUAAACUUAUUCUUUGGUUUGUUUUCACAUAAAUGGCUCCCAUGGAAAAAGUUUUAUAAUGUAUCGUUGUUCUAGUCCUGAGAGAACUAACUUUCUUAAACUUUGUAAGUUUGACAUUAUGGGUUCCAAGGUUGUGUAGGUUUGCUUUAAUCCAAUUUAUGGUGUCUCUUGUAUGCUCAAAAAAGAGCUAGUUUCAAGUCAUGGAAGGAAUGUUUUAUUUUUAGUGGUUGUAAAAGCAUGUGUGAUUAUAUACCAUAAAAUGAGAAUG